AUGCUCAACAACCAGCAGCAGGGUUGCUUUCAGUUUCCCGGUGGCGACCUCCGUCCCCGCAGCGAGGUCUUGUCGACCAUCCCGCUGACCAAGGGCAAGAACCUCAUUGAGUUUCACCUCCUGGAAGUGACUUCCGACCCCGUCGUGUGUUCGGCGAGCUUGUGGCUGCUGGACGAGACCGACCGUCUGGUGGUUGUGGACAUUGACGGGACCAUCACACGGUCAGACGUGCGGGGCUCUGCCUUCACCGCAGACUACACGCAUGAGGGUGUGCGAGAGUUCCUGACGGCCGUAGGUGAGGCGGGCUACGUCCUCCUCUUCCUCACUGCCCGCCCCAUCACCCUCGCCGACCGCACCCGCGAGUUUCUGGCGACUGCUGGACGUGUAGGCGACUCGACGCUGCCGGAGGGGCCGCUGAUCACGCAAGCGUGCGGGACUAUGAAGGCGCUGCAGGCGAAGCAUGAGGUCUUCAAGGUCGGAGUGCUGCAGCAGAUAAGAGAGCUCUUCGACGAGGCCCGCAAGGGCUCGAGACUCGGCACUGAAACCAGCGUGUUCGUCGCUGGCUUCGGCAACCACGAGACUGACGCAAUUGCUUACAAGGCCGUGGGGAUCCCGGCAGACAGAAUUUUCAUGCUGGACAAGAGCUCCAAACUCCGGGUACAUGGCACCAGGUUGGAGUUCCAGUCCUACACGGGCCUCCUGCCCGACAUCGACGAGCUCUUCCCUCGGCUCCCC